UAUAAGGAAGACAGAGCAGAGGAAUGCGAGGAACUUCUGAAUCACAGCUACACAGAGAGAUCUCUGCCUGGACAGUCCAGACAGCGCCAACAUGGCAUGUCAAUAGAUCUCGGUCUUUUACAGUUUUCUAUACUUUAGACGUUUCUGUGGCAUUUGGACAUUCAAGGAUCAAGUGGAAUUUACAGUAGGCUAUUCAGCAUAAUCUCUCACACGACAGGGGAUCGGAAGAUUAAGAUGCAGGAGGACCCGGUGUAUGAUUUCCCUGAGCCGGUCGGGGAGCUGGUAGGAGAGAGGCGGGCUUGUCCUCAGCGUGGCUCCCUGAAGAACAUCAGUGUGCUGGACCGUCUGCUUCUCACACACCCCGUCUGGCUGCAGCUGUCCAUCAACUCUGCCACCGCUCUGCACAUCCUACAGCGGGAGCCGCCUGGGACCUUUCUGGUGCGCAAGUCCAACACCUCGCAGAAGAAAGUGCUGUGUGUCAGGCUUGCAGACGACAGCGUUCCCUCCUUUGUCAAACAAUUUGUCAUCCGCGAAGUGGACUCCACCUUCUCUUUGGAGAGAGCGGCUAUCGGUUUCCCUGACCUCUUCCGGCUCAUUGCCUUCUACUGUGUUAGCCGGGAUGUGUUGCCCUUCCCACUGGAGCUCCCUGAGGCCAUAGUCAAGGCUUCAUCCCAUAAACAGCUGGAGUCCAUUUCACACAUGGGUGUGGAGUUCUGGAGCUCCCAGCUGAACUUCAGAGGUCCACGCAAUGGGCCCCCACCUGUCGAGGCGGCACCGCUUCCCCCUAGCCCCACCCCUGAGGACUGUGCCACGCCCCAGGAGAGCCCCACCCUGUUCCAGGAGUUCUGCCCCAUCCAAACACGCAGCCCCCGGGAGCUGAACUGUGGGGCAGCAGGCCAAGGGGCUCUCUGUUUCAUCAACCCACUCUUCCCGCAAUCCCAUCCUGCACUGCUAAAACGCCACCAGUUCAAGCGCAGCCUCAAGGUGCGUGUCUCGACUGAGAACUCUAGCCCUUUGUCCCCACCAGUUGCCCCUCCCCCUCCCCCACCUCUGCUGGCCAAGAAAAAUAUUAAGAGCAAGAAGGUCCAGCGGGCCAGUGGAGCAGUGGAAGCCAGAGUGGAGGGUGAGGGAGGGACAGCACCCGUCCAGGAGGACUCAGACUAUUUGCAGCCAUGCUUGGUUCUUCCAGUUCUUCCGCUGAAGACCAGGGUCCCACCCACACUGUCUCCCACUGCAGAGGAGGACUACCAUGUGCCCUUAGGUCUCCUGCAGGGACUGGCCCAGGAAAAAGGAGGUGAGGAGGAGGUGGGUCUCCUGCUGGAGCAGAGAUAUGCUCCCUCCCUGAGUGAGCUGGACAGCAGCAGUUCCCUCAGCAGCCUGGAGGAGGCAGAGGAGAGCUCAGAGCGAAAUCCCCUCACCAGGGGCACCAGUAACCCCUCACCCCCAUGCACCUUGCCCCCACGCCAGCCCGUCUCAGUCCUGCGCAAGCUGAGUGCAGUCUUUGUGUCCUUCUUUGUGCCAGAGAAGCGCGUGGCGAGGCUGGUGGAGGACCUGUCCCGUGACAGGAGGACUGCGUUUGGUGUCCUGGUGCAGGAUUUCCUCAGGCAGCAGCGGGAGGCGAUCAAGCCUCAAUGCCAGAGAUCUAGCGUAGAGCUACUGCAGGGCAUCCGCUUCUUCCUCUCCCAGGCCAAGACCUUCCUGCUGGACUGUGGAGAGCUAGAGCCCCCAAUUGAGACUAUGGUGCCUGAUGUUGAGAAAGACCUGGUGCUGGAGAAAGCCAUAUUCCGCUGUGUGCUGAAACCUCUGAAGGGACAGAUAGACAGGACACUGCAAACUCUGCAUGAGCGAGACGGUUCCACCCAGAGCAUGGCAGAGAGCCUGGCUGUGGCCAGGGGAAAGACCCCGUUGGAGUGUUUUGGAGUGCGGGUUGGAGUGCCGGAUGCUGCCGGUGUGGAGAAGGUGCGGCAGAAGUUAGCUCUCAUGAGGCGGGCUUACUCGCCCAUUGACAAGGUUGUGCUGCUCCUGCAGGUCUGCAAGCUCAUCUAUAAAGCCAUGACGGACAAUUCAGGCAAGGAAUUCGGUGCAGAUGACUUCCUACCAGCCCUGUCCUAUGUCAUUGUACAGUGUAACAUGCCAGAGCUGUCUGUGGAGGUGGAGUACAUGAUGGAGCUGCUGGAGUCAUCAUGGCUGACAGGGGAGGGUGGGUACUACCUGACCAGUGUGUAUGCCAGCCUGUGCCUGAUCCAGAGCCAGCCUGAAGAAAUGCCCUCUAGCGGGCUGACCCAGGGGGCCAGAGACUCCCUGAAAGACUGGAGCCAGCGCCGGAGCAGCCAGGCUUUGAGCCAGAAAAACAUACAACAGCAACUGAGGUGUGUCAAGGUUCUGCUUCAAGAUGGAGAAGGAAGCUGGAUGAAAACCCUGCAAUGGAGGGCAGGAGUUAGUGGGGAGGCCCUGACCCAGCUCUGUGCUGCUAAAUUUGGGGUGGACAACCCAGGACUGUACAAGCUGUACUGGCGGAAUGAGGGGGAGAUUCAAGCCCUCCCAGCCCAGGCCCAGAUCCAGGACCUACAGGGCCAAGGCAGCAGUGGAACACCCCUCAUAUACCAGAAAGCCAAACUGGAUGGACUCGAGACUUGCAAACUAACAAGAGAGGCGGCUGUGGACCUUGUGGAAUCACAUUGAGUACCCACACGUUAAUGAAACAGUUUUCUUAAACCCCACUCAACUGCAAGAAUGACUUGCUUUGUGAUUUACUCUAAAAAUAUGUUAAAUGAACAUUUGUCUGGAUGGAUAUUGCAAAGUACCUUAGACACUCUGUUUAUAAUUUACACUUGGAGAAAAUGUUAAACUGGUUGGCUCGAGCCCCGCCUGCUGAUUGGCUGACAGUCGUGGUAUAUCAGACCGUAUACCACGUGUAUGACAAAACAGUCAUACAUUUUUACUGCUCUAAUUACGUUGGUAAACAGUUUAUAAUAGCAAUAAAGCACCUUGGGGGUUUGUGAUAUAUGGCCAAUCUACCACGGCUAAGGCCUGUGUCCAGGCACUCCGCGUUGCCCUUAUUUCAAUGUGUAUCAGUUCAUGCAGCUCAUUACACAAGUUCCCUGAGAUACCUUUAAUAAUGCAUGAGAAACAAACUGAACAGACAUUGGUAUUAAAAGAAAAAAAAAUCAAAUUUAUUUUUUGUGUAGGGUGUUUCUUACCAACCUCACCAAGAGAAUUUGCAGUACCGUCUACCCUUUCACAAAUGCAUUGCUUUUGACCAUGUCACAGUAGUGCUUCAAGUGCCAUGGACACAAGGGACUAAGAACUUACCCAAUGAUUAGUAUUAUUGGAGGGACUUCUUUCAAAAGAAAAAUUGUCCAUUUUCUAAGACAAACAGCAAAUUGAAAUGUGUCGACAUAAAAAGGUUAUAGUGGUUUAGAUUUGAUUGACAGAUUAGUUGAUGGUGAACCGUGUAUGGUCCCCUUGAGUCAAUUUUCUUUUCUACACCCUGGCCUUGUUUCAAACUGACUCCAAGCUCCUACCACUAGGCACUUUGAGUUCCUUCAGCUGUCAAAUUUGCAUGACAUUGCUUACACUGUUCCUAUCCUUCCUGAUAUUGUCAGGGGGGGAAUGAAGAACUGCA